GCUCUCCCUCCGCGGGGCUGAAUGGCCGACCCCGACGCGGCGGGUGUGGAGGAGGUGGCUGUUCGGCUCCGCGAGCCCAGGUGACUCGCCCUCCUCCGGCCUGAACUCCUCGGCACGGGCUCGCGCGGGAGGAGCGGGCCUGUGAGGGGAGCAGCAACCCCGCCGGCCUGAGCUCUUUCCCUGGCAGCCGCGGCUCCUUCCCUGGGACAAUAUGUUCAAGAGAAUGGCGGAAUUUGGACCUGACUCCGGCGGGAGAGUGAAGGGGGUGACCAUCGUCAAGCCAAUAGUUUAUGGUAAUGUUGCCCGGUAUUUUGGGAAGAAGAGAGAAGAAGACGGGCACACUCACCAGUGGACAGUGUAUGUAAAGCCAUACAGAAAUGAGGAUAUGUCAGCAUAUGUGAAGAAAAUCCAAUUUAAAUUACAUGAAAGCUAUGGCAAUCCUUUAAGAGUCGUUACUAAGCCUCCAUAUGAAAUCACUGAAACAGGAUGGGGUGAAUUUGAAAUAAUCAUCAAAAUAUUUUUCAUUGACCCUAACGAAAGACCUGUGACGCUGUAUCACUUACUGAAGCUGUUCCAGUCUGACACCAAUGCCAUGCUGGGGAAGAAGACUGUGGUCUCAGAGUUCUACGAUGAAAUGAUAUUUCAAGACCCAACGGCAAUGAUGCAGCAACUCUUAACAACGUCUCGCCAGCUGACACUGGGAGCCUAUAAGCACGAGACAGAAUUUGCAGAACUUGAAGUGAAAACCAGAGAAAAAUUAGAAGCUGCCAAGAAAAAAACAAGCUUUGAGAUCGCAGAGCUUAAGGAGAGAUUAAAAGCAAGUCGUGAAACUAUAAAUUGUUUAAAAAAUGAGAUCAGGAAGCUGGAAGAAGACGAUCAGACAAAAGACAUAUGAGCGGUGCUUGUGGGCCCAGCUGUGGGUGCAGCUGACGGACUUGCUGCGCUGAAGGUGUGGUUGCCGCCCAAGGGUGUGGUCACCAGCUGCGGGUGUGGUCACGGCCUUGGCUUAAUCAGUGAGGACUCCGGGUGCCCGGCCGUCAAGCUGACUUCACAGGGGCGCAUGUGCGCUCUAAGACUUGAUGCUGUGUAGCAGUCCAUGAUGUUAAGCACAACUUUUUUAAAGUAUUUGUUUUAUUUUUAAAUAGAACUCUAUGUUUAGUUUAUUUUCCUUCAAGCAGACUUAAAAAUUCUGUUGUAGUCUGACGUGUACAGAUGUUGUACUUCCCUCCUAAUUAGAAUUAGGGAUUUAGGGCUGGAGAGAUAGCUCAGUGGUUAAGAGCAUCGACUAUUCUUCCAGAGGUCCUGAGUUCAAUUCCCAGCAACCACAUGGUGGCUCACAACCAACUGUAAUGGGGUCUGAUGCCCUCUUCUGGGGUGUCUGAAGAGAACAAUGGUGUACUCAUAUACAUAAAAUAAAUAAAUAAAUAACCUUAAAAAAAAGAAUUAGGGAUUUAGUGAUCUGCGUGAGUGCGUGUGUGUGUGUGUGUGUGUGUGUGUGUGUGUGUGUGUGUGUGUGUGUGUGUGUGUGUGUUAGCUCAGGCCCACAUCUGCCCCUGUCUACCUCUUUUGUAUAUGAUGUGUCUAGGAAGUAUUUAAUAAAUGUAGCUUACUGCUCCUGUGUCUGCCUCUAGUGACUUCUCCAGUCACUCUACCACCUUGUGUUUUCAAAUAAAUAUGUUAUUCUUUGAGAAUUGUA